ACGAUAAAGUUCCGUUUCCGGCUCCUGAGGUCCACAUGCUUGUUUGUGUGCGCGCGGCGUGUGUUAUAUCGGGAGCAGCAAACACAGCAGUUUAAACUGACCUAGCGAUGCGACCGUUAACGGACGAAGAGACCAAAGCGCUCUUUGAAAAAGUGUCUAAGUACAUUGGAGAAAACAUCAAACUUUUAGUGGAUCGCCCAGAUGGAGUCUACUGCUUUCGUUUGCACAAGGAUCGCGUUUACUACUUGAGUGAGAAACUGUUAAAACUGUCUACAAAUAUCUCCCGGGAUAAACUUAUCUCUGUUGGAACUUGCUUUGGGAAGUUCACAAAAACAAUGAAAUUCCGCCUUCAUGUCACUGCUUUGGACUAUCUGGCACCUUAUGCAAAAUAUAAAGUGUGGGUAAAGCCUGGUGCAGAGCAGUCAUUUUUGUAUGGAAAUCAUGUCCUCAAGUCUGGGCUGGGGCGGAUAACAGAGAAUACAUCCCAGUAUCAAGGAGUUGUUGUCUAUUCUAUGGCUGAUGUCCCUUUGGGGUUUGGUGUUGCAGCAAAGUCCACACAGGAUUGCCGAAAGUUAGAUCCAAUGGCAAUUGUGGUGUUUCAUCAGGCAGAUAUUGGAGAGUAUUUAAGAAGUGAAGAUACUCUUACAUAGUCUACUAUUUAAUAACAUAUUCAGAACUCAAAGACAAGACUGAAAAAAUAACACCAUGUCUGGUGCUGAAGGAUCAUUUCUGUAAGAUGCUGAGAUGCAGUGUGUGCCAUACAAGGCUGAACUUCAUACUGGACAGACUGAUCAUGGUUGCGGUUAUCUGUGACCAUUUAGCUUUGUCAAGUUUUCUGACAGGAAAUGUACAGUUUUUUGAUGCAUUGCAUUUAUUACAACUGAUAUAUAUUGGUAAAUAGCAAUGUAAUAUACUGUAAAAAAAAAAAAAAAAAAAUUCCAGUUAAUAUGUGAUCUAAAAUUAACACAUUGCAUUAUAUUUAGAGUUUGUGUUAUGUGAAGUGUUCUUUCUUGGAGUUAAUGGGCACUCCCACUAGUCCAUUGUGCAGAAUUGCACAGCAGGGUUACUUAUCUGAGAGGCAACAUGUAUAGUGCCAUUCUUUAACACAAAAUGAUAUGAGUCUACUUUUAAUAAAAGCAAAAAUUGUAA